CAAGAUGGCGGCAGCGGUUUCUGCGGCGAGGGUCUGGGGGCCAAGCCGAGGGCUGUGUCAGGUUGCCCUCUUGCUACUGCGGCGGCCUGGGGCGCGAGGGUUGGCUAGAUUUCACCCCCAGAGGCAGCAGCAGCAGUUCUCAUCCCUGGAUGACAAGCCCCAGUUCCCAGGGGCCUCGGCCGAGUUCGUGGAAAAGCUCGAGUUCAUCCAGCCCAAUGUCAUCUCAGGAAUCCCCAUCUACCGCGUCAUGGACCGCCAGGGCCAAAUCAUCAACCCCAGCGAGGACCCCCACCUGUCCCAGGAGGAAGUGCUGAAGUUCUACAGGAGCAUGACGCUGCUCAACACUAUGGACCGCAUCCUCUAUGAGUCCCAGCGGCAGGGUCGGAUCUCCUUCUACAUGACCAACUAUGGCGAGGAGGGGACUCACGUGGGGAGUGCCGCUGCCCUGGACAGCAUGGACCUGGUGUUUGGCCAGUACCGGGAGGCAGGUGUGCUGAUGUAUCGGGACUACCCGCUGGAACUGUUCAUGGCCCAGUGCUAUGGGAAUAUUAGUGACCCAGGCAAGGGGCGCCAGAUGCCCGUUCACUAUGGCUGCAAGGAGCGCCACUUUGUCACCAUCUCCUCUCCACUGGCCACACAGAUCCCUCAAGCGGUGGGGGCAGCCUAUGCAGCCAAGCGGGCCAACGCCAACCGAGUUGUCAUCUGUUACUUUGGUGAGGGGGCAGCCAGUGAGGGGGACGCCCAUGCCGGCUUCAACUUUGCUGCCACCCUUGAGUGUCCUAUCAUCUUCUUCUGCCGGAACAAUGGCUAUGCCAUCUCCACACCCACCUCUGAGCAGUACCGGGGGGAUGGCAUUGCUGCACGAGGCCCUGGGUACGGAAUCAUGUCUAUCCGUGUGGAUGGCAACGAUGUAUUUGCUGUGUACAAUGCCACCAAGGAGGCCCGACGGCGGGCUGUGGCAGAGAACCAGCCCUUCCUCAUUGAGGCCAUGACCUACAGGAUUGGACACCACAGCACUAGUGAUGACAGCUCGGCCUAUCGCUCAGUGGAUGAGGUCAAUUACUGGGACAAGCAAGAUCACCCGAUCUCAAGGCUGAGGCACUACCUGCUUAGCCGAGGCUGGUGGGACGAGGAACAGGAGAGGGCCUGGAGGAAGCAGUCACGCAAGAAGGUGAUGGAGGCCUUUGAACAGGCUGAGCGGAAGCCAAAGCCUAACCCCAAUCUGCUCUUCUCAGACGUGUACCAGGAGAUGCCCGCCCAGCUCCGCAAGCAGCAGGAGUCCUUGGCCCGGCACCUGCAGACCUAUGGGGAGCACUACCCCCUGGACCACUUUGACAAGUGAGGCCCCAACUACCCCAAGAGGUAGUCCCACUCUGAGCAGGGUGCAUAGGGCUGAUAGGACACUCCCUGUUCUCCAGCCAGCUCCCCUAAAAUACACAGAGGGGAGGCACCUCACACAGUC